GUGCGCGCCAUUCGAGGACGAACAUGGGAUUGGCGAGGCGGAGCUUAAAGGAUCUCAUCGCAAAGCAAGCAAACCGAUGGAAUGGAGCAAAACACUCAACAGGAAGUCUUAUAGUUAUGCGUUCGAUAUCUAGUAUAAAGCAACUUUACGUGUAAGGUCAGGUAAUAAUGAGACUCCGGUCGCGGAGAAUCGUGACUCCUUACACGGACACGCCGAGGAAAACCCGCCAGCGGUCCAGCAACAAAGCGACACCGACACCGACACCGAGACGAACUCGUCCAUCUGUACCAGAAAGGCCAUUACAAGACAAGGUUGAAGUGACCCCUGAUGCUGAAGAUGUCCCAACAAGGAUGAGGCGGCUCCCACCCUAUGGGCGGCCGAGAAAGAGAGCCAUCGCUGCGGUUGACAAAGAGACAGUUGACGACACUGGUCUUGAAGAUUCCGUCUUCAAGACUCCACCCAGGUCCAUAUUGCGCAAUAACCACAUACUGUCUGAGAUGGACCCUGCUUCUCCUCAUAAUUCAGCAUCCAGGAAGAUCUACACCCCCAUUGUUCGAUUCCUUACACCCAGCAAAGAGAAUUACAAGAGUCCAAGAAACGAUGUGUUGAUGAGCCCUGAACAAGGAGUGUUUGGUUAUGGCUCCAUUGACCUCCUAGUCGGAGAUGAGGACGACCACAUCUUCAAUCCCUUCACUUUCAUCAAGAACCUGCCAUCACAGUCUCAAUAUUCUCAGCCCAGACUGUCUGACAUCCCCCCUAAGACCAGGAGCACCCCCGAGGCCACGCUUGUGGUGGAUUUGGAAGAAACAUUGAUGUUCGGAUCUCUGAAUACGAUUGACAAUGCUGAAUACACCUUCCACACUGCUUUUCAGGAUCAUCAGUAUAGGGUUUACAUGAUCCUACGACCACAUGUGAAGGAGUUUCUGCAGUCUGUGGCAAAACUAUAUGAGCUCUUUGUUUACACCUGUGCAAAGAGGGAGUACGCUGAGAAGAUUCUGGACAUCCUGGACCCGCAAAAGAAACUCUUUCGCCACCGUCUCUAUCAGGAUGAGUGUGCCUGCGUCCUUGGGCACUACAUUAAAGAUCUCAGCAUCCUGGGGAGAGACCUGACCAAGACUGUGGUUUUGGACAACGCACCCCAUACCUACCCCUACCAUUUGAUGAACACUCUUCCCAUCAAGAGUUGGUCUGGUGAGUCAGAUGACCGAGAACUCCAGAAGCUCAUCCCCUACAUGGAGAAACUGUCUACAGCGGAGGAUUUUCGAGAGGUGCUGAAGAAGAGGAAGGAUCACUUCCACCGACUGCUGUCAGAGGACUGACAUGACCAACCCCCAACCCUCCAAACUACCCAAAGCACCACAUCAACUACCCGAAUUGACUAUCAUAGCCUGUUUGCAUUCUCGUUCCUUUAGCACAGAAAGCAGAAUUUGGUGCGUUUCUCUAAGGUGGCACCUGCUGCAUGGUGGCGGACAUGCAUGCCUUGUCUCUCCCAGAUUUCUUUUCAGGAUGACACUUCCAUACUUAAAUCAUGCCGCUCCUUGUUUAGCACCACAUUUCAGUUGAAUCUUUCCACUGAGUAGUAGAUGUAGAGAUGCAACA